AUGAUCUUCAAGGUGAGCCGCAACUCUUCGGCCAACUUCAGCGCACUCUUUUUGGGCGAAGGUCUGUCUUUCGAUGAGGCCAAUGCUACUUGCAGAGAGCUCGGGGAGCUGCUCUGGUCUCCGGAGACCAAUAGCACCGAAAGACUCCUAGCAAUCCUCGAUUACCAGGAAAAGAACGUGUCUGCGAUCUGGAUCGCAACCGCAAAGAAUGACAACAACCCCAGAGCAAUUAGCUCCAAGGGCAACGUGUCCUCUCCCGGCGCGUCCGACAAGCUCCCAGCUUUGUGUACUCAUUCAGCACCAUUCUCCAACGGCGUUGCCCAAGAUACAAGCGAGCGGUGGCAGGUGAUGGUGAAUUCGAAUAACGACGACACCCUCGGCUUUCGCGACAGAAACAGCUUCCGCUUUCACGGCCUUCGAUUCGCAUCUCAGACAAGGCGGUUUGAUUACCCUAAGUUGUACAAGGGAUCUGGUGGGAAGAAUGUGUCUGCCCUCGAAUUCGGCUCUCCGUGUUAUCAGGGGUUCGGCGGCAGCGAGGACUGCCAUUUCCUGAACAUUUAUACACCGUACCUGCCACGAUCUAGACAAACGGAUAAGAGGCUUCGGCCAGUCAUGUUUUGGAUUCAUGGAGGUGCUCUCACCAGCGGUUUUGGCAGCGACCCUCUAUUCGACGGGGGUAAUGUUGCUUCGCGGGGUGAUGUUGUAGUUGUCACCAUCAACUACCGACUGGGCACGCUCGGGUUCCUUGCGCUGGACGACAACGUGACGAAUGGCAACUUUGGCCUCGCCGACCAGAUAGUAGCACUAGACUGGGUCCUGGAGCAUAUUAGGGACUUCGGCGGAGACCCUGCCAGAAUCACAAUCUUUGGCCAGUCUGCUGGGGGCGCUUCUGUUCGCGCUUUGAUGGCGUCACCCAAGGCAAAGGGCAAGUUUGUAGCAGCGAUUCCCAUGAGCAGCCUAGGCGGACUGACGUAUGGGGCUUCGUACGCCAAGUACUUCACAAUCGAUCAAGCGAUGGAAGUGGUCGGUAACACCAUUCUCAACGCCACGAAUUGCACCAACAACCGGUCGCGUGUUGAUUGUCUCCGUCGAGUACCAGUCGAGAAGCUCAACCGCGGAGCUCGCUAUAUGGUCGUGGAUGGCAAGUACCUGACGUCGAAUGAGCUGCAGCUCAGUGGUGAUAAGAUGGACGUCCACAUAAUGAUGGGAACGACCGCCGAGGAUGGUCUUGCGUUUCUCAUCUUUCCCGAGAAUGGCACCGUCCCGAACACCACCCUGUGGCUCACUUCCCAAGGGCUUCCAGACCCGCCGCGAAAUCUAUUCCCCCCAUUGAAUACGACAACGAACAAGACGAGGCAAGCGUUUGGUGUCGGCGCUCGACUCGCCACAGAUGCCAUGUUUCGCUGCAUAGACCAGGCGACUGUGUACGCGGGUCUCGAAAGCGGCGUGCUGGGGUCGAAGGUGUACUACUACGAGUUUGAGCGGACGUACCAGACACCAGAAUGGCCGCGGCUCGAUCUCUGUGAGGCACCAAAGUCUAAGGAACAUCCGAACGGGAACCCGGAGUCGUCCACCGACAACCUGCGAUGCCAUUCCGGAGAGCUGGUGUCGUUGUUCGGCAACCUCGCGCGACAGCGUCUGCCGUUCCGAGAUGAGUACGACUUGCCUUGGGAGCAGUAUCUCGUUGAUACGUUUACGUCAUUUGCGAGGACGUACGACCCGAAUCCCGACAAGGACUUCCUCCGAGCUAGAGGAUUCAACUCCACGUUGGAGGCCUUUGAGAAGUCCGGGCCUUGGGAGCCGUCGAUGAAAGGCAACAUGAGUAUGAGAUCCAUUGACUGGCCAGUAGAGAAGCAAAUGAUGAGAGGGUUCAAGGAUUUGGAGCAGUGCAAAUUUCUGAAUUUGCCGUUGGAUUUCUACGUUUGA